GACUGCGGGCAAACCGAGGCAGAGCAGGGGGAGGGGGCUUUCCCAGGUGUUUGGAGCUGAAGUGAACCCUUUUGGUGGCCGUCCAGUGGUGGAGCUUGAAGGAUUUACUAUGUGGAUUAUUUUCACUGGACCACCUUCUGUUUCACUUUCACAUUCCCAAUAGUCAAAGUGCGCCAAUUCAUCACUCGAGGUACAUGAAAGAAGCUUAGAUCAACAGGUUGCUGCAAAUUGAUUUUUUAGGACUGAACGUAAUCUAAAAUGUGGCCAAUUUUAACUCAUCUUGUAAUACACAUCUUCUUCUGCUGGGCAGAAGAAGGAAAAAGAUAUGGGCCAGUGUUUGAAGAGCAGCCUACUGACACAAUUUAUCCAGAAGAAUCUCAAGAAGGAAAGGUGUCAAUGAACUGCAGGGCCAGAGCAAAUCCUCCCCCAGAGUACAGAUGGAGACUAAAUAACUGGGAUAUUAAUCUUGGAGAUGACCAUUAUACUAUGGUUGGGGGUAACCUUGUAAUCAAGAACCCAGAUAAGUCCAGGGAUCAGGGGAAAUACACAUGCAUUGUCUCAAACAUCUAUGGAAAAAUCAUGAGUUUGGAAGCCACACUGAGUUUUGGAUAUCUUGAUACAUUUCCUGUAGAGGAACGCUAUCAAGUGAGAGUAAAAGAAGGAAUUGGAGCAGUCCUGAUAUGUGACCCCCCUCCACACUAUCCAGAUGACCUUAGUUACCGAUGGCUUUUAAAUGAGUUCCCAGUCUUCAUUGCAAUGGAUAAACGGCGAUUCGUAUCACAAACGAAUGGAAAUUUGUAUAUUGCUAAAGUAGAACAAUCUGAUAGAGGAAAUUACUCUUGUUUUGUUACCAGCCCUUCAAUAACAAAAAGCGUAUUCAGUAAAUUUAUACCCCUUGUACCACAGUCUGACACAUCCACUAAAAGAUAUCCAGCAGAUAUUAGCGUUGGAUUCAAAGAUACGUAUGCAUUAAAGGAUCAAAAUGUGACUCUGGAGUGCUUUGCUUUGGGAAAUCCUGUUCCUGUAAUUCGAUGGAGGAAGGUUGAUGAGCCAAUGCCAGCUACGGCAGAGGUAAGCAUGUCUGGAGCUGUCCUGAAAAUCUUCAAUAUUCAGCCUGAAGAUGAAGGAACAUAUGAAUGUGAAGCAGAAAACAUAAAGGGAAAAGACAAUCAUCAAGCACGGGUUUAUGUACAAGCUCAGCCCGAAUGGGUAGAACAUAUAAAUGACACAGAGAGAGAUAUAGGCAGUGAUCUGCACUGGCCCUGUAUUGCAAAAGGAAAGCCAGUGCCUACCAUUAGAUGGCUGAAAAAUGGAACAUCAUAUGGAAAGGGUGAAUUAAAAAUAUGGGGAUUAACUUUGAAAGAUGCUGGAAUGUAUCAGUGUAUAGCUGAAAACCACUAUGGGAUCAUACAAGCUAAUGCAGAGCUGAAAGUCAUCGCGUUAGCCCCUACUUUUGAAUUAAAUCCUAUGAGAAAGAAGGCUUUAGCUGCUAAAGGAGGACGUGCAAUCAUUGAAUGUAAACCCAAAGCUGCACCAAAACCCAAAUUCUCAUGGAGUAAAGGAACAGAAUUGCUCACAAAUAAUUCUAGGAUAUUAAUUUGGGAGGAUGGCAGCCUGGAAAUCAUUAAUAUCACAAAACUGGAUGAAGGCAGCUACACUUGUUUUGCAGAGAAUGACAGAGGAAAGGCAAACAGCACAGCAACUCUUUCUGUUACAGCUGCUACAAAGAUUACCCUUGCUCCUUCCAAUGCUGAUGUUACUGUUGGAGAAAAUGCAACCAUGCAGUGCCAUGCAUCCCAUGACCCUUCUUUGGACCUCACAUUCAUCUGGUCCUUGAAUGGCUUUGCAAUCGAAUUUGACAAAGAGGAUGGCCACUACGAACGGAACACAAGGAUUGAAGGUGGGAGUGAACUUAUAAUUAAAAAUACCCAACUGAAGCAUGCCGGAAGAUAUAUGUGCACCGCGCAAACUAUUGUAGACAAUUCUUCAGCUUCAGCUGAUCUUGUUGUCAGAGGUCCACCCGGUCCUCCUGGUGGUGUCAGAACAGAAGAAGUACGUGAUACUUCUUUGAAACUUUUGUGGAGUAGUGGAACAGACAAUCACCAACCAAUUUCCAAGUACACUAUUCAAUAUAAAAACAGUUUGUCCGAGGACUGGAAGGAUGCAAAGACAGAAAUUCCAACCAUUGAAGGAAAUAUGGAAUCAGCAAAGGUUAUAGAUUUACUCCCUUGGAUGGACUAUGAGUUUCGAGUUAUAGCCACAAAUACAUUAGGAAUGGGAGAACCUAGUCUACCGUCACCCCAAAUUAGAACUGAUGGAUCUGUUCCUAUAGUUGCGCCUUCUGAUGUUGGAGGUGGAGGUGGAAGCAAUCGGGAGUUAACAGUGACAUGGGUGCCUUUGUCUCAGGAGUAUAAUUACGGUGAUGGCUUUGGGUACAUAGUUGCUUUUAAAUCUUUCAAUGACCGAGAGUGGAGAAAAGUGAUUGUUCAAGACAUUCAAAGUGGCCGAUACGUGCAUAAGGAUGACACGAUUACGCCUGCAACACAGUUCCAAGUAAAGGUGAAGGCCUUCAACAGCAAAGGAGAAGGGCCAUAUAGCAGCACAGCCAAUAUAUAUUCAGCAGAUGAUGUGCCAACAGAUGCUCCUUCAGGAGUCUCAGUCUCUUUGCUUUCAGCUUCUGAAGUAUCGGUUACUUGGCACCCAGUUUAUGUGCAGUCUGUUGAGGGUUAUCAGGUUCUUUACUGGCGAAUUCAAGACAACAAAGCAGCUGCACAUCGGGUCCAAGUUAAGGCAUCAGAGUAUACAGUCAGACUUGAGGGCUUAUUGCCUGAUACAGCCUACAACCUGGAAGUCAGUGCAUUUAAUAGUGCAGGAUAUGGACCUCCAAGUGACACGCAUAGGUUCACAACAAGAAAAGCACCUCCAAGUCAGGUUCCGACAAUUACCAGUGUGGUGAGAUCUGGCUCACAUUAUAUUAUUUCUUGGGGUCAUGUGAGUUCUUUAUCCAAUGAAUCACCUGUUACAGGCUACAAAGUUCUUUACAGGCCAGACGGACAAAUAGAAGGUAAAUUAUAUUCAACCGGAAACCAUUAUGUACAAGUGCCUGCCCCAAAAGAUGGAGAAUACAUUGUUGAGGUUCGAGCAAGCAGUGAAGGAGGAGAUGGAGCAGUUGCUUUUAUAAAGCUGUCUAGUAACGCAACAGGGAUGUUCCCCAGUAUUCUCGGGGUGCUGCUACCAGUCCUAAGCCUCCUGAUGUACAUGGAAUUCUGAAUGUAAUCUCUCGUGUCUUGAGUGCAUUUGCACGACUUUCACUGCUGCGAAGGCUAUGAUCAGUUUCUGACUACCACGAUACCAUCAAACGCCAAAAAGAAAAAAAUAUAUAACUGUAUACAUAAACAUUACCCUACACAUUUAUUAAGAACUUACGAAGAGGACAAAGGCAUUGGGAAACUCCUCUGAUGAGCAAAUUGUUUUCAAUCAUAGUUAAUAAUUUUGAACUUGUUCCAAUAUGCCUUAUGAAAUGCAAAGCCAAUGUGUGACAGUUGCAUGAUGAAACUGGGCAAGUCACAGUGUUAAACAUUUUAAUAACUUACACUGUACAGUAAAAGUAGAGUCACCAGCAUUGGUGAUUAUACUUCAAUGAAACAUUGUGGAAUAUAUUAGAGAUACCAAUGUUGUACAACAUCUGUCUGUACCAUCUGUUUUGUGUGCCGCAUAUUUUUAAUGACCCCGUCAUUAGCGAGUUUCAGACAUGCAGUCCCAUCAAAAACAUUGCAUUAUGGAGAAUUGGUCUACAAUAAUGUAAGACAACAUGGUUGAAUCUAGAAUUUUACAUUUUAAGUUUAAAAUGAAAACCAGAGGCCAAACGGUUUCCGCAGCACUAAUGGCUACAUAUUUGAAAAUAUGUUUAAAGUUUGCACAUUAGGCAAUACACUAUAUCAUUAUGUAAAGGUGCAAUAGAUAGCCCACAAA